GGUUGGCCAACAUCUCAUGGUCAUGUUUUUGUUUGAUCUCGAUUCAAGUCAUUUCAAUGUUGUAUUAUAAGCCAUAUUGUCCUUCAGUAAUUUUAUAGCAAAGUUGGCCGACUUCAGAGGCACCUGACGCACGCGUCGUUUACUUCCCUUCAAGAUGGCAAUCUUGGCCUGGUGUCUUAGUUUACGCUAAAAUAGCCCAACGAUAAGAUCGUUAUUUUUUUUAAAUACAGGAAUGUUUAUCCAUAUUUUGAGCUUUUAAUUGUGACAGUCGUUUCAUGGAUAUAGUCUGCAGAGCCCAAAACAAACUGGCGCCUAGCCUGGCGUGGUGAUUAACGCCUAUUUCCCUUUUCCCCACGCCCCGCUACGUUUUGGUCCGCCUCAUCGAGAGAGGGAGAGUGAGGAACGUCAGCCUUGUCCUAUUGGGACUGUAUGAACCUGAUCAACCUCUUUACCGCAACAGGUUAUGUCUACGUGUGGUUUAAUGGGAUAUAAAACAUGUUGGAUAGCCAAAUUGAGUCUUGAAGGUGAAUUACUGCAACAUGGACGAUGUCUGAGAGCUAGCCAGCCGAGGAGCCGAGCUCCCCCUGCCCCUGCCCCUCACCUGCAGCCAUGAAUGGUCACUGAAGUUUGGAAAUUGAGAAUACCACUCUCGAACCGGAAUCGUCGGUAAAGAAACUGAUGGGUGCUGUCAGUAUGUGGGCCAUCACUUCAGAGGAGAGAGGGAAACAUGAUAAACAGUUUGACUCCCUCACACCCAUCCUUGGCUAUGUGUCAGGAGAGCAGGCAAGGAAGUUCUUCCUCCAGUCUGGCCUCCCUGCUUCUGUCCUGGCUGAGAUCUGGGCUCUGGCCGACAUGGACAGUGAUGGGAGGAUGGACAGACUGGAGUUCUCCAUCGCCAUGAAGCUCAUCAAGUUAAAAUUGCAGGGGCGCAGCCUCCCUCCCGCUCUGCCAAUCAUCAUGAAGCAGCCACCCAUCUCCAAUCCAACCUCCAUGAUGACAUCAUCAGUCCGCUUCGGCAUGGGCUCCAUGCCAAACCUGUCUAUCGGCAUGCCAAUGAUGCCAACAAUGCCAGCCAUGUCCAUCCUAACACCCAUGCCUGUCAACCCCUCCAUGCCCUCUGUGCCCCCCCUGGUACCACCAGGUACAACGCUGCCCCUGAUACCACUCGGCACCACAGGACUGCCCAACGGCAAUGCCAACCUCUUCACCUCCUCGGCACUCUCCACCGCAGCAGCUCCCCCUCUCUCUAGCUUCUCCUCCCCGAUGGCCUUCUCUCCAUCCACAGGAAUGUCCAAAGCCAACUCCCUCCUAGACCUGGGCUCCAGCAGCUCUAACUCGUCCUCCACCACCUCUCUGGCCAGCAACUCCCCUAAGACUGGCUCGUGUGAUUGGGCGGUGCCCCAGGCCUCGCGUCUCAAGUACCGUCAGCAGUUCAACGGGCUGGACAAGCUCAUGAGUGGCUACCUCUCAGGGCCUCAGGUUAGGAAUGCUUUGACAGCCUCCCACCUGACCCAGACCCAGCUAGCUACCAUCUGGACCCUGGCUGAUGUGGAUAAGGAUGGCCAGUUGAGAGCUGAGGAGUUUAUUCUGGCCAUGCACCUGGUAGACAUGGCCAAGACAGGACAUCCUCUGCCUCUCACCCUGCCUGCAGAUCUGAUACCCCCCUCUCUCAGAGGAGGCAGGUCCACUGAGCUAGUGAAUGGAACUGUGCCCUACAUCUCCACUGGACUUAUAGAUGGAACUGAGCCUUCGGAGAGCACUCAGAGGCCCAAGAGCAAUGUGUCGUUUGAGGACAAGCUGAAGGAGAACUUUGUACGGGGCAGCGCAGAGCUGGAGAAACGCAGACUGGCUUUAGAGGGACAGCAGAGGAAAGACAGAGAGAGGAGAGAGAAGGAGAGGAAGGAGGCGCAGGAGAGGAAGGAGAGAGAGGCGCGGGAGCAGGAGAAUAGAAGGCGCAUGGAGGAGGAGAGGAGGAUGGAGAGACAGAGGGAGAUGGAGAGACAGAGGGACGAGGAGAGACUCAGAGAGCUGGAAAGGAAGGAGGAGCUGGAACGCCAGCAGAGAGUGGAGUGGGAGCGAGGGAAGAAGGAAGAGCUGGGAAAGAAGAAGGAAAGAGAGCUGGAGGAGAUUCUGAAGCUCCGGGCCAAGAAGAAGAGUCUGGAGAUGGAGCUGGAGGCUGUGGGCAGCAAGCACAAGCAGAUCUCCGACUGUCUCCGUGACGCCCAGAGCAAGAGGCGUAUCCAGAAGGCAGAGCUGGACCUCGUCAAUCAGAAGAGAGACGGGAGGAUCUCUGAGAUCAACACCCUCCAACUGCAGUUUGAGGACUGCCAGAGGAAGCUCUCCCAGCUAGUGCCAGAGCAGCAGAAGCUUAAUGAGACACUGCGCAACAUAAACCUCAACAACCUUCCCUUGGAGACACUGAGUUCUGUGAGCGGGGGCAUGGCGGAGAAGGGCGUGGCCUGCAGGAGGCUGAAGGACCAGCUGGAUACCUUGGAGAGAGAGACCACCAGCAAGCUAGCCCUGAUGGACCAGUACAACAAGGAGAUCACGGAGCUGAGGGAGAAGCAGGGGAGGCAGCAGGCUGUGCUGGAAGAUCUCUACAGAGUCAAGGAGCUCAAACUGAGAGAGCUGGAGAAGCGUCGGGUCGAAGAGAAGGAGAGGAAGAGGAGGGAGGAAGAGGAGGCUGCCAGACUGGCCAAGCUGGAGCAGGAACAAAGGGAGCAGGACCGGAAGGAGGAAGAGAGGAAGGAGCAGGAGAGGAGAGAACAGGAGAGGAGAGAGCAGGAGCGGAGAGAGCAGGAGCGGAGAGAGCAGGAGCGGAGAGAGCAGGAGAGGAGAGAGCAGGAGCGGAGACAGAGGGAGGAGGAGGAGGAGGCCCGUCAGAGGAGACUGGAGGAGGAGCAGAGGGCCAAGCAGAGGGAGGAGGAGGAGAGAGAGGCGCAGGCCCGUCUGCGGGCCACCCAGGAGCAAGCCCAGGAGGAGGAGAGGAGGAGGAGGAGGAAAGACGACGAGGAAGAGAGGAGGAGGGCCGUGCAGCUGGAGACAGGAGGAGCCCACCCCUUGAUGAGUGCCCAGAGGUCGUCGACCCUGGUGACCUACCGUGCUCUGUACCCCUUCCCGGCCCGCAAUGCUGCCGAGCUCAGUCUGGAGGCAGACUGUCUGAUAGAGGUGGACCAGGAGACUACUGGAGAGCCAGGCUGGCUGUGUGGAAGUUACCAUGGGAACAGGGGCUGGUUUCCUGAGAGCUAUGCCGAGAAAUGCCCUGCCCCCGAAACAGCCCCUGCCCCUGGAUUGGCCCUCCUACCCCCCACCUGCCCCCCUCCACCACCCAUAUUGGGAAUACCAGCCCAGGAGGCAACAGUUGCAGGGCCAAACUCCUCCCCAAGCCCAGGCCCCUCCCCCUCAGACUCCUCACAGUCCCCUGCUCCCCUCCUGGCCAGGGCUCUCUCCUCCUGGUCGGCCUCCUCAGACACCCAGCUCAACCUCACCUCCAGUGACGUCAUCACCACGCUGCUGAGCUUCUCCCAGGAUGACGUCAUCAGCGUGCUGCAGAAGAGGGAGGACUGGUGGCUGGGGCAGCUCAACGGGACCCAGGGCUGGUUUCCCAAACACUAUGUCACCGUGGAGACGGGCAACAGCAGCACAGAACACAUAUACUCCAGCGUGGAUGAGUUGGAUUCCUCAGACAGCCAGCUGGAGGAGUACGUGGCCCUGUACACCUAUGAGAGCCCCGAGGCGGGAGACUUGACGUUUGUUGAGGGGGACGUCGUCAUGGUUACGGAGCGUGAGGGCGAGUGGUGGCGUGGGUGUAUAGGAGAUAAAACAGGGGUGUUUCCCUCCAACUAUGUCAAGCCUAUGGAACCAGAGGUAACAAGACCUGGGGGUCCAACCAAGAAGCCUGAGAUUGCCCAAACCGUCACAACUGCUGUUGCCCUGACAACUGAGCAGCUGAGUCUGUCACCAGGACAACUAAUCGUAGUCCUGGCCAAGAACUCCUCCGGCUGGUGGCUGGGGGAAUUGCAGGCCAGAGGUAAGAAGCGUCAAAGGGGCUGGUUCCAUUCCUCCCAUGUCAAGCUCCUAGGUCCUACCAGCGGCAAGUCGACACCUGCACCCGUACCAGUGUGCCAGGUCAUCGCCAUGUACGACUACACCGCAGCCAAUCAGGACGAGAUGAGCUUCUCCAAGGGUCAGCUGAUCAGCGUGCUGGACAAAAACAACCCGGACUGGUGGAGGGGAGAGGUCAACGGGGUUACGGGCCUGCUGCCCACCAAUUACAUCACGAUGACCACAGAGUGCGACCCCAGCCAACAAUGUGCAGCUGAGUCCGAGAUCAUGCGAGAGUGUGGAGAUAUCCAGAGGUGUGCUGACCUGAUGACCCUGGACACCAUGACCCCCCAGGAGAGGAAGAGGCAGGGCUACAUCCAUGAGCUCAUUCAGACUGAGGAGACCUACCUGGAGGACCUGGAGCUGGUGCUGGAGGUCUUCCACAGACCCAUGUCUGAGUCUGGCCGUCUCACAGAAGCUGAGAUGGGGGUUAUCUUCGUCAACUGGAGAGAGCUGAUUAUGUGUAACACCAAACUGCUCAAGGCGCUGCGCGUGCGGAAGAAGAUGGGAGGGGAGAACAUGCCGGUGCAGGUGAUAGGUGACCUGCUGGCCUCUGUGCUGGCCCACAUGCAGCCCUACAUCCGCUUCUGCUCUUGCCAGCUCAACGCUGCCGCCCUGCUGCAGGACAAGACCAACAACCACCAAGACUUCAAGGACUUCCUCAAGAAAAUCGCCACUAACUACCGCUGUAAAGGAAUGCCCCUGUCUAGCUUCCUCCUCAAGCCCAUGCAGAGAAUCACCCGCUACCCCCUACUCAUCAAGAAUAUCCUGGAGCACACUGCAGAGGCCCAUGUGGACCGGGGGCCCCUGAGGGAGGCUCUGGAGCGAGCGGAGGAGCUGUGUUCUCAGGUCAACGAGGGCGUCAGGGAGAAGGAGAACUCUGACAGGCUGGAGUGGAUCCAGUCUCACAUCCAGUCGGACGGCCUCAUAGAGCACCUGGUCUUCAAUUCCCUGACCAACUGCCUGGGGCCUCGGAAGCUACUGCACAGCGGGCGUCUCCACAAGACUAAGAGCAGCAGGGAGCUGUGGGCCUUCCUCUUCAACGACUUCCUGCUCCUCACAAACACCGCCAAGCAGUUCAGCUCCUCCUCCUCCGACAAGCUCUUCAGCCCCAAGUCCAGCAUGCAGCUCAAGAUGUACAAGACGCCGUUGUUUCUGAACGAGGUUCUGGUGAAGAUGCCAUCGGACCCGUCCAGCGAUGAACCGCUGUUCCACAUCUCGCAUAUCGACCGCGUGUACACACUCAAGACCGAGACCAUCAAUGAGCGGACAACGUGGGUCCAGAGGAUCAAAGCUGCUUCUGAGCUUUUUAUCGAGACUGAGAAGAAAAAGAGAGAAAAGGCAUAUCAGGCUCGCUCUCUCAAGUCCAGUGGGAUCGGCCGCUUGCUGGUGACCGUCAUAGAGGCCCAAGAGCUCAAGGCCUGCAAGCCCAACGGUAAGAGUAACCCGUACUGUGAGCUGACCAUGGGGGCCCAGUGCUACACAUCACGGCCACUCAGCGACACCCUUAACCCCAAGUGGAACUUCAACUGUCAGUUCUUCAUCAAGGACCUGUACCAGGACGUCUUGUGCAUCACUGUGUUUGAGAGGGACCAGUUUUCCCCUGAUGACUUCCUGGGCCGGACAGAGGUUCCCGUGGCGACCAUAAAGAAGGAUAUGGAAAGUAAAGGUGCAGCAAACCGUCGUCUCCUGCUGCAUGAAGUUCCCACGGGAGAGGUGUGGGUCAAACUAGAUCUCCAACUCUACGAACAGACCAAAUAGAGGACACUAACAUUUGUCCAGCUCUACAAACACAACAAAGAGUGAUGCAAUCCCAGUAAUGUCAUGAAAAGCUGGGGUCUUUU